AUGUACAUAGUAGCUUUCCGCCUCACCCGCAAUUUUUUUUCUGCUGAGUUCGGUUCGGAACAAGGGCUUGGAAGUAGCCUAAGCCAAGAGAUAAAAGAGGCGUUUGAGCUGUUUGACACAGACAAGGAUGGGGCCAUCGACUACCACGAGCUUAAAGUCGCGAUGCGGGCGUUGGGAUUCGACAUGAAGAAGGCCGAGGUGUUCAAGCUGUUGAGGGACCACCACAAGAACGGCCAGGGCGUGAUGGAGUUUGAAGAUUUUGCGAGAAUAAUGGCGGACCGCAUACUUGCGCGUGACCCUAUGGAUGAAAUACGACGAGCAUUCCAGCCGUUUGACGACGACAACACUGGGAAGAUAUCGUCGAGGAAUUUGCGUCGAGUGGCGAAGGAAAUUGGAGACAGAUUGGAGGAUGACGAGCUACAAGCGAUGAUAGAUGAAUUUGACCUCGACCAGGACGGCGAGAUCAGCGAGCAAGAGUUCUUUGCGAGACGAUUUGACUUGCGUCUCACUUGCCAGAGUUUUUAUUCACAUUUACAAUAG